AUUCAGUUUUGCGCUGUCGUUCCAUGCGCCUCGUCAGAGAAAGACAAUUCCGUUACAUCCCGCUGCAAGCGAACUCAAAGUCACACAACAUUUACGUACUUCGUGUCUGCCUCUGUGCCUCUGUGUGUGUAUGUGUGUGGUGGGUUAGAGUUGCUAACAUUGUCUCUGUGUCUGUGUAUUGGAACGUGUGUGUGUGUGUGUGUGUGUUAGGUGCGGUCGUGUCUAACGCGUAACGAAAGCGAAAGUUCUGUUUGCCCGCGUGUUGUUAACAGCAGCGUCGCCGUCCAAUAGUUGCACACACGUCGCAGUCGCAGCCGCAGUCGCAGUUGGCGUCGCAUUCGUUAUUGUUGUUGUUGUUGAAAAGAGCUACAAAAUAGAAUAGAUUAAAAGCGUGCGAAAACAAAAGGAAUGCUCAUUAGUUCGAAUGAGCGUGCUAUAAAUUAAAUAAAACGUGCUUAUGCUGUGGCAUCCUAUCUCUCUUUCUCUCUCCCUCUCUCUGUCUUGCCUGUGCGUGUGUGAGUUAGUGUGUGGUUACAACAAAUUACCAGCCUAGCAAAAUAAAAAAGAAGCAAGCAGCAGCGGCAAACAGCUGUUAAGCUAAAAACAACGAUUAACGCAAAACAUUCCUGCUAAAAACUCCCUCAAGCAAAGCCAACGGUUCCAAUGGCGCCCACAGUCUGCUCCGAGAAGGAGGCGCGACGACGCAGCAACAUGGGCGUGGCACACGCAAAUGCUUCAACAGCUUCCUCGUCAGAGGCUGCAGCCACACAGACUAGUUCCGUGCUGAGAUAUAUUGCCAAAGGUUCGACGCACUCGGCGGGUCGUUUGCCACACCGCCGUGGCCUCAGGCUGCCCCACAGACUGCAACAGCAGGCGAAGCGCGUGACAUCAGCAUCGAGUGGAGCUGGUGGGGAGACAAAGUCAAAGCAAGUGGAGCUCAUGGAGUUCGAUGAUUGCAAUGAGACGAGCACGCAGAUAGCACGCAUACAUUCCAGCAGCAGUACUAGCAGCAGCAGCAGUACCAGCAGCAGCAGCAGUAGUAGCAGCAGCAGCAGCAGCAAUAGCAGCAGCAGCAGCAGCUGUAGCAAAAGCAGCAACAACAAUAUUAAAACAGUAUUACAACCCACAGCUGCUAACAGUAAUAGCAGCAACUGCGGUGGCAAUGCAACUAGUAAGACAUCAAUAGCCAAACACUGUGAUCAUGUUUCAAGCAUGGAGGAGGACGAUGACGAUGACGAUGAGAAGGAGGAGGAGGAUCAGAGCGAUGGUGACAGUGGCUAUGAGUUUGCCCUCGAGCCAAUUAAGCAGCAGCAACAAUACCACACACACCACGAGGGCCUGCUCUCCAUAGCCGUUAAGACUAUCAGGCUGGUGCAGCGCAAUAAAUUGCUGCAGAAGCGAUUGGCACAGCUGCAGCUGGAGACAUCCGAGUUCAUUGCCUCGGUGCUGGCCAAUCCCGAGAAUAGGCAUUUUCGUGAGAAAAUCACGUCCAAAGCGGACGCGGCCAAUAAAAUGAGCAACAUGUUGUUGCGCCACUAAGCGAUGCACAAUACAAAAACUGCUGCAUACUUUUGGGUGUUUGCCGGAAAACGCCGUGUUUCAAUGUGUCACAGAAAUACAUUCGACUCGAAAGAAUUGAAAAAAUAUUGUAGGAUUCGCAGGAAUACGAAUGAAUAAAAGAUAUCAAAAAACAUAACGUUUGCAAUCAGAAAAUUAAACGAAAAAUACUUUAAAUUCAAGUUUGCUUAAAAAUAAUAAGAUUUUUGCUUCCAAUGGAUGAUUUUUGUGACACGCGGGAUUGAGUUUUGAGCAAUUCGUACUGAUUACAUUAAAGAAAUAACAAGUGUAAGUUUAAUAUUUGAAUAUAAACAAAACAAAGAUCAGAAAUAAUGCAUAAAGAUAUACAUCAAAAUAUUUGUGACAGAUAUGAAAAGUCAAGAAUGAAAUACUUUUAUGUAGUUGCUAAGUAUGUUUAUGUUCAACAUUUUGUACAUCCAACAAUUAAUUCAUAAAUACAUAUUUAAAAACUUUAGUAAUAUAUAUUUUAGUGCUAUAGGUUUACACAAAAGAUACAACUGGCAUAAUCAUUUUCCAACUAUUACGCUUUACGCUUUAUACAAAGAGUUGCAUUAAGUUAACAAAGAAAUUUCAAUGCCAAGCAAUUUAUUUAUUAAAUCUAAGCGUAGGAAGCCAAUAUACGUAAUUAAUUGAUCGUCAGAAUUCAUUACCAAUAAUUAAUAUACUAUAUCAUAAGUUCACAUGGAAACCAAAACAGUUCAAGCAUAACUUAUUGGAAUUCUUACAUUUAAAUUCACUCCCAUAUAUUUAUGAUAUUGUAACAUUUGUUUUUAAUUUUCUACUUCCCUAAAUGUUAUAAUAAUCAAUUUAUAGUAAAUAGAGAAAAACUUGAAUAAUCAAAAUACAAAUUUUAAAUAAAUUUCAUUUUAUUGAAGUGAAACAA